AUGGUCAUGUUGAAGCUCCUGACGCUCCUGCUCGCCUACACCCUCAUCACCGGUCAGAUGUCCGGCUCACACGCGGCUCCGUCCAGAGCCACUUCAGAGUCCGCGUCAGACCGAGCCACGUUAACCAGCCCUGAAGCCCGGAGACUACUCGGGGCUCUCGUGCAGAGGCUCCUGCUGGUACACCCCUCCGAGGAGGAGGAGGAGGAGCGCGAGCACCUGGCAGCGCAGCAGAAAAGCAGCGGGGCGGCACAGAAGCGGGCGUGCAACACCUCCACGUGCGUUACCCACCGCCUGGCGGACUUCCUGAGCCGGUCCGGGGGGAUCGGCAGCAGCAGCUUCGUCCCGACCAACGUGGGCGCUGAUGCCUUCGGCAGACGGAGACGAUAA